AUCAUCAUACUUGUGUUGGUGGAUUUGUUAACAUGCCACGGAUAUCGAAGAAACUAGUUAGUAGCUUGAUUAUUGAUGAAAUUAAACAGGAUCCUAAUAAGAAAACUAAGCAUAUUAUGGAAUCUUUUACGAGAGACUUCGGCUUUGACAUUAGUCGUUAUUAUGCAUACGCAGGGAAGACGCAUGCACUGAAUACUUCAUGGGGAGAGAACGAGAAAUCUUUUAUGUUCUUGAACUGGUAUAAAAACAAGUUGAUUGAAACCAAUCCUGGUUCUCACGUGGUUUUGGAAGUUGAAGAAGGGACCCAUAAAUUUCAGAGGAUGUUUAUCUGUUUUGAAGCUUGUAGUCGUGGAUUCAAUUUCUGUCGUCCUGUAUUAUUCGUUGAUGCGGAUCACUUGAAAAGUAAGUACCUUGGUCAUAUGAUGGCAGCAACAGGUCUAACCGGAAAUGAUGAAAUCUUCCCUCUUGCUUAUGGUUUGGUUUCAUUGGAGAAUGAAGUGAACUGGAAAUGGUUUUUGGAUAAUUUGAAGAAAAUUUUUGUUUUAGAAGUUAAUGUGCUGCAUGUGUUUUCAUUUAAUAAUUUGUCUAAGAAUAAUAAGUUUGAAUAA